ACUUAAUUAUAUGCACUUGUAUAUCAUUUUCUUUCACAUAAAUCAUCAUGGCCUCUUCAACUCACAAGCAACAACAACAGCUACCAAACAUGUACGGCGCCACCGCAGCCCCGCCACCCACACCGUCAACUCAACCCCCAAACCUCCUGUCCACGUCAGACGCUGCCGACGCGCUCUCUAGGCUCCUCCACCGCCUCCCCUCACCCACUCUCUCCCUCCCCACUCGCCGCUCACCUCCCGCCAUGUGUCCACCUGUAGUCUCUCUCUCCGGUGAUCAAAACCCCUCCACUACUAUCCUCGACGCCCUCCAACUCGGGUUUUUCCAAGUCACCAACCAUACUAUCCCUUCCCAACUCGCUGGUUCGGCCGAGUCAGACUCGUUCGCUCUUUUUGACCUUUCUCGGGACAAAAAAGAGUCUUAUUUUCCCAAGAACUGGCCUCUGGGUUACGAAGGUGGCGAUGACGAAGACGGGGACGGACUCGGCGAGUCCUUCCGCUUGGACUCGUCGUGUUCUACUGAGUCAUCAACCGAGUUGUCCUUGGACUCUUUGCGCGAGUUCACUCGCGCUCUGGAGAAGCUUGGGCUGAGGAUCAUCGAGCUGCUUUCGAGCGCAGUGGGGUUUGAGAAUCCUGUAGGGGAGGAUCCAUCCCGGUUUUGUUCGUUGAUGUGGAUUUCUGAGGGCGUACCCGGGAAUAAACCGGUCUUGUCGGGUGGGUUUUACCCGUCUAUAGUGGGUUUACAUUAUCAAAUCAGGAGCCAGAAGUAUUCGCUGCUGGCGGAUUCGGGUUGGGUUUCUGUAUCGCCACAAGUGGACUCAGUCAUGGUCACGCUUGGCGACAUUGCUCACGUGUGGAGCAAUGGGAAGUUAAAGAAAGUGAGAGGGAAACCAGUGGCACAUUUGGGAGAUGCCAACAACACAGGCUGCAUAUCAAUGUCGCUGCUGGUGACUCUUCCUAUGGACAGUGAAGUCUCCCCCCUCAUCCCAAAGACAAUAUGUGGCGAUCGCGACGGGAAAAAAGAUGAACAAAUUGAUGGUAGCACGGGCGAACAAGAAGGGAAAUUGUUCAACUCCUUUUGCUUCGAGGACUAUGCGUGGAGGGUCUAUCAUGAACGCCUUCUUUUCAAAGACCCACUUGACCGGUACCGUAUUUGAUCUCUGGAUUUGUUGUGAUUUAUUAUUUAAGAUUGUUUUUAAUGAUAUUGGAGUGAAAAUCUUUACACAUUAUGCUUUUAAGUUUUUCGCGAAA